AUGGCAAAGAUACCAUAUGCUUCGGCAAUCGGUAGUCUUAUGUAUGCUAUGUUGUGUACGAGGCCAGAUAUUGCCUAUGCAGUUAGUUUGACUAGCAGAUAUCGAUCCAAUCCAGGUUCAGAACACUGGAUGACGGUUAAGAAUAUCUUUAAGUACUUGAGAAGAACUAAAGAUAUGGUCUUAACAUAUGGAGGAGGUGAUCUAAAAAUAUAUGGCUUUACAGAUUCUGAUUUUCAAUCAGAUAUAGACGAUCGUAAGUCUAUAUCUGGAUUCGUAUUCACGUGUAAUGGAGGAGCAGUGAGUUGGAAGAGUUCCAAGCAAGAAACCACUGCCGAUUCCACAACAGAAGCCGAGUAUAUUGCGGCAUCAGAUGCUGCAAAGGAAGCUGUUUGGAUUAAGAAGUUUGUUUCUGAACUUGGUGUGGUUCCUACCAUUGAGUCGGCGGUUCCUCUUUUCUGCGACAACAAUGGUGCUAUAGCCCAGGCCAAGGAACCCCGGUCUCACCAAAAAUCCAAACACAUAGAAAGGCGAUAUCAUAUUAUCCGAGAAAUUGUUGGAAAAGGAGAUGUGUCUCUCCAAAAGAUAGCAUCAGCCGAAAACACGGCUGACCCACUGACAAAGCCCAUGACCCAGAGUCAAUUAGAUUUACAUCUUGAGAAGAUGGGGCUUAGAUAUAGUAGCCAAUGGCACUAGUGCAAGUGGG